CUCCCUGCCCGCGGGGCUGCGCUCUGGGCGCCGCUCGGGCCGCCCCGGUCGGCGGCCGCGGCUCGCGGGGCGCGGAGCCCGCGAGGGGCCCGCAGGAGCAGCGCGGGCGGGCGGGCGGCGGCGGCUGGAGUGCGAGCCGCGCGCCCCUCGGCGUCCUGGGCCUGUGUCUAGCUGGAGUCGCCGGGCGACCAUGGUGUUGGACCAGGAGGAUGGCGUGCCGAUGCUCUCCGUCCAGCCCAAAGGGAAGCAGAAGGGCUGCGCAGGCUGUCACCGCAAGAUCAAGGACCGCUACCUGCUGAAGGCGCUGGACAAGUACUGGCACGAAGACUGCCUCAAGUGCGCCUGCUGCGACUGCCGCCUGGGCGAGGUGGGCUCCACCCUCUACACCAAGGCCAACCUCAUCCUGUGCCGCCGCGACUACCUGAGGCUCUUUGGCACCACAGGAAACUGUGCUGCUUGCAGCAAGCUGAUCCCCGCCUUCGAGAUGGUGAUGCGGGCCCGAGACAACGUGUAUCACCUCGACUGCUUCGCCUGCCAGCUCUGCAACCAGAGAUUUUGCGUGGGAGACAAAUUCUUCCUGAAGAACAACAUGAUCUUGUGUCAGAUGGACUAUGAGGAGGGACAGCUCAACGGCUCCUUCGAAGCCCAGGUUCAGUAACGCCCGGCGCCUGCCCGCCCACCCGCCUGGCCGGCCGGAUUAAAACUCCUCCUGCCUCACCGGGAGCAUGGCCCUUGCUCCCCCACCGCCGCCGCCCGUGUGUGACCCCUCCUGGGGCCAGGCUGGGCCUGUACAGUCUGUCUUCUGUAUAUAAAUGGGAACAUUUAUUUUAUGAGAAAUGUAAUGCGAUUUUAUUACUGGCGUGGAUUAAACUUAUGAAUGGUUCCGGGGA